AUGACUAAGGAAACACCAUCUAAGGUUGCUGCUAGUGCCUUGUCUGACUUGGAGUUGAAGGACUCCCAAUCCAACUUGAAGAAGCAACUUGAAGUGCUUAGGGAGGAGAACAGGGAGCAGAUUGAAGCUUUGAAGGCUAAGCUGUCUACUGCUGCUGUUGAACACAAGGAGUACUUGAAGUCGCACAAAGUCCACCGUCACGAGCUUAAGGAGCUGGAGAAGGACGAGCCAUUGUUGAACGAUGACCCUGACAGAUUGACUUUGUUCCCAAUCAAGUACCAUGAAAUCUGGCAAGCAUACAAGAGAGCUGAGGCCUCUUUCUGGACUGCAGAGGAAAUUGACUUGUCCAAGGACUUGCACGACUGGAACAACAGACUGAACGAGAAUGAGAGAUUCUUCAUCUCCAGAGUGCUGGCUUUCUUCGCCGCCUCCGACGGUAUUGUGAAUGAGAACCUGGUUGAAAACUUCUCCACUGAGGCCGUUAUCCCAGAAGCUAAGGCCUUCUACGGUUUCCAGAUCAUGAUCGAAAACAUCCACUCUGAAACUUACUCCCUAUUGAUCGACACUUACAUCAAGGAUCCAAAGGAGAGUGAGUUCUUGUUCAACGCUAUCCACACAAUCCCAGAAAUCGGUGAGAAGGCCGAAUGGGCUUUGAGAUGGAUCGCCAACUCUGAGGCUCUAUUCGCAGAAAGAUUGGUUGCUUUCGCCGCCAUCGAAGGUGUCUUCUUCUCCGGUUCUUUCGCUUCCAUUUUCUGGUUGAAGAAGAGAGGUCUAAUGCCAGGUCUAACUUUCUCCAACGAACUGAUCUGCAGAGAUGAAGGUCUACACACAGAUUUCGCUUGUCUAUUGUUUGCGCACUUGAACCACAAGCCAGACCCAGAGGUCGUCGAAAGAAUUGUUACAGAAGCCGUCGAAAUCGAACAACGUUACUUCUUGGACGCUCUUCCAGUCGCUCUAUUAGGUAUGAACGCCCAAUUGAUGAACCAAUACGUUGAGUUCGUCGCUGACAGAUUGCUAGUGGCAUUCGGUAACAAGAAGGUCUACAACGUCGAAAACCCAUUCGACUUCAUGGAAAACAUUUCCCUAGCUGGUAAGACUAACUUCUUCGAAAAGAGAGUCUCUGACUACCAAAAGGCCGGUGUUAUGUCCAAGGCUCAAAACACUGAAGGUGGUGGUGCUUUCUCUCUAGAUGAGGAUUUUUAA